AUGGACGCCUCCUCCCUCCGCAUCUCCAAGUUCGAUGGAACUAACUUCCACGCCUGGAAGUUCAAGAUGCAGAUGGUGCUGGAGGAACGGGACCUAUGGGAGGUCGUCAGCGGUGAGAUCAAGGCAGAACAGUGCGAGACUCAGUUGGACCAAGCGACGUACAAGAGGAAGUCAAGAAAGGCGAUGGCAGUGAUCUGUCUAGCCAUGGAAGAUUCCCAGCUACCGUUGGUCCGGUCGGCAAGUGGUGCAUGCGACGCAUGGUCAAGGUUGGAAGACCACUUCGAGAAGAAGAGUCUUGCCAACAAGCUGUUCUUGCGCCGUCGCUUCUUCACGACAAUGAUGGAAGAAGGCGACGAUGUGCUCGAACACAUCAACAAGCUCAAGACGCUGGCGGAACAGCUAGAAGCGGUGGGGGCUCCAGUCUGCGAGGACGAUCUGGUGAUCACACUCCUCGGCAGCCUGAGUGACUCGUAUCAAUUCUUGAUCACAGCUUUGGAGUCGCGCUCAGACACUCUUAGCUGGGAGCUCGUGACGUCUCGACUGCUUCAUGAAGAAAUGAAGCGGAAGGAGCAAGGAAGUAAAGGUGAUGAAGCUUCGCAAGGUCAAGCGUUCAUCACAAGGGACAAUCAGCGCAAAGGGCGACCAGUGAAGAAGUCCUGGCCGUGCCACAAUUGCGGAAAGAUUGGUCACUGGAUGGCGGAGUGCCCCUCGCGCAUCCAAGAAAACACGGAGAGACACCGGCCACAGCGUGCUCAAGACAGCGGCGACCGCUAUCGAUCACAACGUGCAAACGUCGCUCAAGAAGAAGACUCGGGCGACUACCUCUUUUCGAUCGGUGAAACGACAUCUGCGAAAUCGAGCGACAUCUGGCUGGUCGACUCCGGGGCGACGCAGCACAUGACGUGCUCCAAGAAGUUCAUGCGGAACUACAAGGGGUUUGACGCUGUGGAUGUCCAUCUCGCGGAUGAUGGAAUCGUCCAAGCAAUCGGCAGUGGGGACAUUGUCAUGUCGAUGAAGACACCCCAAGGGAUGAAGAAAGGUGUGCUCACAAACGUGUGGCACAUCCCAAAGUUAUCCAGAAACCUGUUCUCGGUCGGCCGCUUCACCAAGGAUGUCGGCCCAGUGACGUUCACGAAGGAUGGGUGCUAUGGAGAAGCGAAAGGGACCAAGUGGAAAAUUGGUGCCCGUGAAGGUAAAGGACUGUUCAAGCUGCAAAUGACUCCAGUGGCGCCGGAACAAGCAAAUGCAGCCAAGUCGUCGGGAUGUCAAGGGGGCACCAAGUCGUACCUCUGGCACCUUCGGCUUGGCCACAUAGGUCACGAUGGACUCAAUUGCAUCGUGACGAAGAACAUUGGAAUUGGCAUCGACAUAUCUUCGGUGAAGAAGUGGGACGUGUGUGAAGGUUGUGCUCUGGGAAAACAGACUCGAGUGCGCUUCCAAUCAAACACUACAGCUCGCACCUCCAAACUCCUCGAAGUGAUUCACAGCGACGUAUGCGGACCGAUGUCGAUGGCAACUUUCAGUGGAAAACGGUACUUCGUGACAUUCAUUGAUGACAAGUCAAGAUACUGUGUCGUCUAUCUGCUCAAGAGCAAAUCUGAAGUUGCGGCGAAGUUCAUGGAAUACGCUGCGAUGGCCGAAACGCAAACCGGAAAGCGCGUGAAGUACCUUCAAAGCGACAAUGGGGGUGAAUACAAGUCCGACAAGCUGGCACGAUUCUGCGCGGAACGGGGAAUACAACAAAGGUUCACAACCCCAUAUACUCCUCAGCUAAACGGAGUAGCUGAGAGAAUGAAUCGCACGCUGGUCGAGUGUGCGCGUUGCAUGAUGGAACACGCUGGACUGGGAAAGAGCUACUGGGGUGAAGCAGUGAUGACGGCGAUGUUUCUUCGAAACCGCUGUCCAACACGUGCCAUUCACCAAGACAAGUCUCCAUAUCAAGUGUGGACGAUGAAGAAACCGAUUCUGGCCAACCUUAAAGUGUUUGGAUGCCACGCGUAUGUUCAAGUGCCUCAAGACAAACGCGCGAAGUUCGACUCCAAGUCAUCACUCUGUCGUUUCCUGGGAUACGCCGAACACCAGAAGUCAUAUCGAUUUGAGGAAGUGUCAACAGGAGCGAUCAAGAUCAGUCGCGAUGCCACAUUCAUGGAAGACAAGUUUGAUGAAGGUCCGCGCAACUACAACGAUGAGUCAAGUGUCGUUGAGUUUGAUGAUCAUGAUGAGGACGAAGAAAAAGAAGAAGGUAAAACUGACGACGACAUGGACUCGAGCGACGAUGACAACGAAGACACCAGGUCUUCGAAGAGCAACAUCAAGAGACACACGCGCACUCAAUCACUUGAGAAAGCUACCGUCAUUCCAAGUCCCAAGCGAAGAACAUACAGAGGUCCGUCGCUUGAGCAUGUGUCAGCGGCUGCAAUGGAUUUUGAAGCAGCCUACAUCGUUGAUUCAGUGGGGGAAACGCCGACUACAUUCAAGUCGGCGAUGGAAUCAAGCGACUCCGGCAAGUGGAAAGAAGCGUGUGACUCGGAGUUCGAUUCGCUUCAGAGAAACGACACGUGGGAAAUCGUGCCUCUUCCGAAAGGUCGCAAGGCCAUCGGGUGCCGAUGGGUUUUUCGUGUAAAGGAGAAUCAAGAUGGCGAAGUUGAACGUUUCAAGGCAAGACUUGUGGCCAAAGGAUUCUCACAGAAAUUCGGAGUUGACUAUGAAGAAACUUUCGCACCGGUGGCCAAGUUCACAUCGAUUCGUGUGGUGCUCAGUAUGGCGGCUAAGUACGGCCUAAUGCUACAUCAGAUGGACGUCAAGACAGCGUUUCUUAACGGCUCCCUCAACGAAGACAUCUACAUGGACCAGCCGGACGGAUACCUGGAUGCAACACAGCCGGACUAUGUGUGCAAGCUAAAGAGAUCACUCUACGGCUUGAAGCAAUCGCCUCGCAUGUGGAACCAAACAAUCGAUGGGUUCAUGAUCAAGAUGGGAUUCAAGAAGUGCGAAUCGGACCACUGCAUCUACAUCAAGCGAGACGACCAAGACAUGAUUCUCGUGGUGCUCUACGUCGAUGAUCUCAUCCUGGCCAGCAGCAACAACGAACUCCUCAAGUCAACCAAGAUGGCGCUGAGCAAACGCUUCGAAAUGACGGAUCUCGGUGAGCUCGAUUACUUUCUCGGCAUGGAGAUCAAGAACGACCGUAAAGACGGGAAUGGUGACUGCACAACAAACCAAGUUUCUCAAGUCCGUGUUAACCAAGUUCGGAAUGGAUAA